AUGGCUCUACCAGCUCUCCCAGUCCCAAAGACUAGGAAAAGCACUGGAAAUCUUCCGACGCCGGCAUCAAAAUCUAGCCCGUCGACACCCAACCCGAAAAGCGGUCUUCGCGCCCCUUCUUCCUCUUCGGCAUUCCUCCCUCCCACGACCCCCGCUCCCACAUCAGCACUCCCGCAACCGCGUGCGGUCUCUGCCAUGAGCAAUUCUUCAAUAAAGACAUUGCGCAAGACAGUGAGCAUUAACUCGUUCCCCCAGCCACCACGAGGCGACAAUCGCGUCAACAGCCUUCCCCCGAGUCCACUUGGUGCUGACUCCUCGCGGAAUUCAACACGCAAAUCAAAGGGCUCUAUCGCGUCAAACUACUCCCAUUUGAGCAACGGCGCCCCGAGCCUGCUGAACAACAAUGCCGAGGGGAAAUCGAUAUCAAGCGCAAGUGUGCGCAUGUCGGACGGCCUCAUCAGUGUAUCAUCACCGCCUCAAAGCAGGAGCUCCUCAGCACAGGAUUCUUACUCAACCUCCGCGACGACGUAUGAUGACCCUAUUGAUGGAGCAACGGCCAAGUCCUCAUCUGACGCCUUCAGUGACAAAAGAGGCUCUAAGCUGGACGGCAAAGGUAAUGUUGUAGUCAGCGUAAGAGUGCGUCCAGACGCCGGCGGCAAUGAAAACAGCAAGACAGAGGGCGAGUGGAUGGUUGAUGGACGCAAGUCUCUCGUUGCGUAUCGAGGAAAAGAGGGCGGUGAUUAUUUCUACGAUAAUGUAUUCACGACACACGACGACAACAGCCGCGUGUACGACUGUAUUGCUAAGCGCUUGGUACGCCGAGUAAUGGAAGGCUAUCACGGAACUGUUUUUGCAUAUGGUAUGACUGGUACCGGAAAGACCUUCUCGAUGCAAGGAACAGCCUCUUCGCCUGGUGUCAUUCCGCUUGCGAUUACCGACAUUUUCUCCUACAUCAGGGAAACACCGUCCCGCGAAUUCCUUCUUCGCGUCAGCUAUCUGGAAAUCUACAACGAGAAAAUCCACGACCUCCUCAGCAUGUCCACUGGACCCGGCGCUGGGGCCAACGGUGGGCAAGAAGAAAUCAAGUUGCGCGAGGACAGCAAACGCGGAGUCUACGCCAGCCCUUUGAAGGAGGAAAUCGUUCAGAGCCCAACCCAGCUUCUGAGAGUGAUCGCUCGUGGAGACCAAGCCCGGCGGACGGCUAGUACCCAAUUCAAUGCGCGCAGCUCUCGAAGUCAUGCGGUGGUCCAGAUUGUGGUGGAGAGCCGAGAGCGGAUACCAGGGAAUCCUGGAGGUGGCGACAGUAAAAGAUCUGGAAUGCUGCCCGGGGGCGUGCGUGUCUCGACUCUUAGCUUGAUCGAUCUUGCAGGAUCCGAAAAGGCUGCCGAGUCCAAGGAACGACGGACUGAAGGUUCGCAUAUCAACAAGAGUUUGCUGACGUUGGGCACCGUCAUCUCGAAACUCUCCGAGCACAAGGACAAGGACGGAAAGGCUGCCGACAAGGAUGGGAAGCACUUGCCAUACCGAGACAGCAAGCUGACCAGACUUCUGCAAGGGGCUUUGUCGGGCGGGUCUCUGGUGAGUAUCCUCUGCACGAUCCAGAUUGGCGCAGCCGGCAGCGCAGCAUCCUCCAACUCCCAUACCUCGGAAACCAUCAACACACUGAAGUUCGCCUCAAGAGCGAAGAACAACAUUGUGAGCCACGCGAAGAAAGCUGAGGAAGCGCUCGGCGCAGGGGGUGACGGCGGCGCCAGAGUUUUGCUGGAGCGGUAUCGCAUGGAGAUCCUAGAGCUGAGGCAACAAUUGGACACGCAAGCCAAGGAGAAAAACGCGAAACACGCCGAGGCAGAAAAGGAACGCGACGCUGAGGAAGAGAAGGCCCGGGAAUUGGAGGCUGAGCAUCGGCAUGAAGAGCAAAUGCUCGAAAUGCAACUGGCCCGUACAGCAUUGAAAGAACGGAUCGAUCACCUUAACCGUCUGAUCUUGAGUUCCAAAUCAAUUGGCGUCAACGCGAGCGGGUCCUACAGCGCCUUGGGCAUCCACACGAGAUCGUCCAUGGCAUCCGUCCGGUCGUCAUUGGCCACUUCAGUCAGCGGCAGACCGAUACUCGAGAGAACCGCAUCAAUGACAUCGGCAUCGUCAACUAUCGGCCGUCGAUCAAGCGGACGGUCGAGCGGAGGCCAGCGGCUGUCCAGCGGUGAAGGAGGCGGAGUAAUGACAGAUGACGACAGUGUUGGCGAGUACGGUGAUGGUAGUGCCUCGUUGACAGCACAGAACCGCGCCUUGCAGGCCGAUCUUGCGGACAAGACGAGGUACAUCCAGACGCUCGAGAAGAGGUUGAUGCAGGCACGACGGGCCAGCUCAUCUAGGACGUCGGUUGGCUUCUCUACUCCUAACAAGGGUAUCAUGGUGGGCGAAGACCAUAGUGUGUCGACGUUGCUGAGAGAGAAGGACGCCGAAAUUGCUGAGCUGAGAGCUCGGCUAGAUGACAAGGAUCGCAUGCUAGCAGCGUUACGCUCUGCCGCUCGAUCUCGAGAGGUGGCAGAGGGUGCCAUGGAUGGACGAACAUCUGCUCUGUACGAGCACAGCCCACCACCAACGAUCAACCCGCCCCCAGCACCUUCGAAUGCCUUGGCCGGCCGCUCGAACUCCCUCACAGCUCGCUCAAACUCUCUGACAAACCCUCGCACCCGCACAAAAAGCGUUGAUGAGGUAAAUCAGAUCCUCGACGAGAUGAUCCAGGACCGUGUGGAGACUGGUCACCUUGUCAGAGGCGUGAGAGGCAGUGUUCGAGUCGCCAGUGAUCGCAAACUCGAAACUCACCCGGAGAACUCUCUGAAGAUGGAGCCGCUCAGGAAGACGGCGUCAUUCGAUGAUGGCAACAGGGCAUCAGCAGUGCAGGCGUGA